CCCUCCCCCACCAACCCCCCAUCUUCCCCUCUCACCCCAUUAUCAAACCUCACCCCGACUCCCCUCACCACCGUGCUGAGUGAGUCGACACAGCCAGGUGAGGUAGGAGGUAGGGUGAGGAGGGGCACUGGACGUCUGGAUGUGACGACCCCUGGCAGUGUGGCGAUGGUGUUCCUCUCCCUCCACAACUUGACUGUCGCUUCAGGAGCUGCCACUCAGCCAUGGGACGCCACACCUCCUCACACCUCUCUGACAGCCGAGACAUCACGAUCCCUUAGCCCAAAUUUAUUCGGGUUUGAGACCAUCCUGACGGGGUUGGUUUACCUCUCCUUCGGUAUCUUCCUCUACCAGAUGAUCCAGCGAGCCGUCGGCGCCAGGGUAUUGGGGUCCAGCACGUCCUCCUCCUACAGCAGUAGUGGCAGGAGUAUGGAAGACGAAGUCCCAAAUUACCAGAUCAUUUCUCUUCUGGAUUCGCUUGAGAGGAUACCUAAUGUGGCGGCGGAGGUUGUGUUGAUGGGUAUGAAGGGGAAGGAGGUGUUGGCGAGGCGACCAUCUUGUCUUCCUCUCUUUUUGUGUCGCCUCAACCUCCAGCAUCAACAACAGCCACAUGAAGAUGGGGCCUCCAGCUUCCGUCGCUCUGCAAUUGUAGCUGUGAGUUCGGCAAUGUCAAUGUGGGCGGGAGUCCAGCAACCUGACCUCCUCUUUCCCGCCUCUGUGGCCUCCUGGACGGGCGCCAACGGCCUCUCCUGCCAUCGAGCCUCCACUACCUGCCACGACGCAUCUGACUACGCGUCUACACUGUUAAAGCUACAGAAUGACCAGAGACCUUUAUCAACAGAAACUACUGGCCCCACAGACAGAUGGCCAUAGGGACAAAAGAGAUCGCUGGCCACAACACCCCAGCCCUUAUAUUAUUAACUCGCUGCAGAGACCACAGGAAAAUGAUUACCCUUGACCAUUUACGUCAAGAGAUGGACACAUACUCCUCACCUCUGACCAAAACAUAAACAAACCGCAGAUAAUUGUUGUGAGGAGGGGCCUGUGUGAUCUUUGUUGUUGAGGAAAGUUUUGAAGAAAUAUAUAUUAGAUUUUGAGAGGCGAUGCGCUAUUGCUUUCUGCGAGUGUCAGAGAUUGUCAACAUCCUCACUGUCAUUAUCAUCAACUAUCCUCAUCAUUGUUAUUCAUGUUUGUUGUUUCAUAAUCAGUUAUCUACAUCAUUGUUAUUAUCAUAUUAUUCACCAUCAUUAAGAUAACUGUUAUCUCCACCAGUCUCGUGCAACAUUGACCACAUUCUCACAUUAAUAAAUCCCGUCGCUGCUACUAACCUGUAAGGCUUCGCUGUUGAUUCCCAAAGGAUUUUAUGUUAAAUUUCCCCUCAUAACUAACUAUAUAACUUCAUUUAACACUCCUAAAUAACGUUCGGGAUGACGUCAACAUACACUCCAACUCUACCAGAAACAUUCACGGAUCAGUUACAGGACCCUCUGGAUCCUCUGUUGGACCAGGAUCUGUAUAGGCAUUAUUAGUUACAUAAGACAAAUCUCAAUGGGCAUUAAUAAUAUACUGUAUUGAGAAAGAAUGUGUGUGUGUGUUUGCGUCAUGAAUCUGUGAGAGAAAGAGAGAAAGAAAGACAAGUUGAUUGACAAAUAAUAAAGAGAAUGUAAGAGUAUCGCAAAAAUAAACAUUUUACAAAUAUUUAUUAUGUACAAGAAAAUGGCACAUAAGUGACUUAGUAUAUACAAGGCAUUAUUCCACAUUUUAUCUACAAAACUAAACCAGAUGUUCUCCCUUGCCUAAACCUGCUUACGAUAUGCUUAAUUUUUAAUUGAUUUGCACGUCCAUUUUGCACUGAUGUAGCAAUAAGAAUUUUAUACAUUUUGUGUAGGUAAUCAAUUUAUUGUCGUGCACCUUGUAAGGUUAAUAUUUAUGUGAACAAAUGUGUGUAUGUCAAUUGUAUGUGUAAGAACUGUAUUCUAUUGUAAUAAACUUA